UGCGGUACCUGUACACUAGCUAGCAAUCCUAAAAUUUUAUCAAAGAAAUGAUGUUUUACUUUUCAAAAGUUGAACAGUGAUGAAUAUGUAGUAGACAGCAAUAGGUUUUGUAUAUCAAUCAACGUAUCUCAAGAGACGCAUUGCCUGGAGUCCGAGUCUUGGACGUACAUCCGGGAUGUAGACGUGACUACUGACACUUUUCUAUGAACUCACUUGACGUUGUGAAAUCCCCGAGAGAUCGGCGAGAAUACCGAUGCGUUUUCUUGGAGAACGGACUGACUGUUCUGCUCGUAACUGAUGGUCACGUGACUACCCUCGACAGUGAAGACGGGGAAGCUACUUCCUCAUCCGGUGAAGACCCUGAAACGCCUGAUAAUGAAAGUGACAAUGCAAGUGAACUAGGAGAAGGCAAUACGCAAGCAACCCUGAAAAUGGCUGCAGCUGCACUUUGCGUUGGCGUUGGGAGUUUCUCUGAUCCUGAUGAAAUACCUGGAUUAGCUCAUCUCGUUGAGCACAUGUUGUUUAUGGGAUCCAAGAAAUACCCAACAGAAAAUGAAUUUGAUUCUUUUCUUAAGAAGUAUGGGGGACAGUCUAAUGCUUCCACAGACUGUGAACGGACCAUCUUUCACUUUGAAGUAAGAAGAGAACACUACAGGGAAGCUUUGGACAGAUUUGCUCAAUUCUUUGUGUCUCCAUUAUUGAACAAGGACAGCAUUAAGAGGGAAAUCCAGGCAGUAGACAGUGAAUUUCAAAUGAGUUCUCAGUCAGACACUGCAAGGAAACUACAAGUUUUAUCUAAGCAAAGUCACCAAUGCAAUCCAUUCUCUAAAUUUCUCUGGGGGAAUGCUGAAACACUGUUAUUCUUACCUGCAAAACAAGCUUUGGAUGUUUAUGCUCAUGUUCAAGACUUUUAUGCUCGUUUUUAUUCAGCACACUACAUGACUCUGGUGGUUUUCUCAGGAGAGACACUGGACACUUUGGAGAGCUGGGUGAAUGAAGCUUUCUCAUCUAUUCCUAAUAAUGGCCUACGUCAGCCAUCGUUCAGAGAUGAUUUGGUUGAUUUGCCAUUUGAAACCUUUCAUCAUUUAGUUAAAGUAAGGUCUGUUAAAGAAGUUAAUCAAGUGGACAUUGUAUGGCAGCUACCUUGUUUGCACCACAUGUACAGGUGUAAGCCAAUGCAUUAUGUGGGGUGGCUUCUUGGCCAUGAAGGACCGGGAUCAGUGCUGUCUCUCUUGAAACAAAAAGGUUGGGCAUUGGAGAUUGUGGCAGGCAAUGGAGAGGAGGGCUAUGAGUAUAACACCAACUUCAGUCUAUUUACUUGUAGCAUUAUUUUGACAGAAGAAGGAUUUACAAAUGUUUUUGAGUGCUGUACUGUUGUUUUCCAAUAUUUGAAAAUGUUACGUUGUUAUGGUCCACAGCAACGUAUAUUUGAUGAGCUGAAAACAAUAGAAGAAAUUGAAUUUCAGUUUCAAGAAGAGAUGGAGCCUGUAGACUAUGUGGUUGAAAUUGUUGAGAAUAUGCAGCUUUUUUCUCCAUGUGAAUAUUUGACUGGUGCCAGCCUUAUGUUUGAGUUUAAUGAACAGAUGAUUUGUGAAAUUCAGAAUGCUUUGUUGCCAAGUUCUGCAAACAUAACAAUCUUGUCUCAUAAUUUUUCUCAUCGUGAGUUGACUGAUGUGGAGCCUUGGUUUCAAACGCCAUUUGUAAUAGAAGCAAUCCCAAAAGAAUUUGAUGAGGCUUGGAGCAAGUUGGAUCUUUAUCCUGGACUUCACUUUCCAGCUCCAAACAGAUUUAUUGCCACAAGCUUUGAUCUUAAAUCAUCUGAUUCUGAUUCAUUUGAACCAGAGCUAAUUUACAAAACAGACACUUGCAAGUUAUGGUUCAUGAAAGACUCUAAGUUUCAUAUGCCCAAAGCUUAUAUAUUUUUGAAUAUUCUGUCACCUCUUGUUAGGAGAAGCCCAGUGACGACUGCAAUGAUUGACUUGUUUUUGUGCAUUCUUGAACACAAUCUUAAGGAAACUGCAUAUGAUGCCGAUGUUGCUCAAUUUAGCUACGGAUUUGCAGAACAUGAAAAUGGCCUUGUUCUAAAAAUGAAUGGGUUUAGCGAUAAAUUAGCACUGUUGUUUGACACAAUAACAGACUUCUUUACACAUUUCACAUGUAACAUGAAGGACUUCAGUGUGAUAAAGGCACAAGUAAGCAAGAAUUACUAUAAUCAUCAACUGAAUCCAAUGAAACUGUCAAAAGGUUCUCGGUUAAAAAUUUUGCAACAGGUGAAAUGGCUUGCAUGUGACAGACUUGCUGUAAUUGAUUCCAUUUCCUUGAAGCAACUGGAGAUGUUUGUACAAGAUUUCAAGGCAUACUCAUUUAUUGAAGGGUUGGUAGAAGGAAACAUGACACAAGUUGAAUCAGUUGAACUAAUUGAGACUUUACACAAAAAAUUGAAGCUGAAGCCACUUUCAAAGUCACAGUUGUCGCAGUUGUCAAAUCGUUGUCUGUUGCUACCAAGGGGUGUUCAUGUUCGACAUCUAGAAAAUAUGAAUGAAAGUGACAUCAACUCAGUGGUGACAAACUACUAUCAGAUUGGUCUGGGAUCUACUGCUAAACUUGUUCUUACUGAUCUUCUUGUUUAUCUCAUGGAAGAACCAUGUUUUGAUGUUCUUAGAACACAAGAGCAGCUUGGCUACUCUGCCUUUUGUACUUGUCGGCAUACAUGCGGUGUUGUGGGUUUGUCUGUUACGGUUUGCACACAAGCUACAAAAUUCAGCACAAGCUAUGUAGAUGAGCGAAUCGACAGUUUCUUGAAUUUGUUUAUUAAACAGCUGAAGGAAAUGCCUAAUGAGACAUUUCAACAUCAUUUGGAAGGAUUAGUGCAUCUAAAAUUACAAGAGGACUUGAAUUUAGGUGAAGUAGUGGAUCGCCACUGGCCUGAAAUACUUGAUCAAACCUACCUGUUUGAUCGAAGGAAACGAGAAUCAACUUUUUUGAAAAGUUUGAGUCAAGAUGAAGUGAUUGAAUGGUUUGUUGACUGCAUUGCAACUUCUAAAUGCAAGAGAAAACUGAGCAUUCAGGUUACUGGUUACACUCAGUCUGUUCAGGAUGCAGCAGCAGAAUGUAGUGGUCAAGUAGCAGAUGGUACCACGAUAGCAACUCCAGUAACAGAGAUUGCUAAUGAACAACAAGAAUCUGUGGGAAAUGGAAAGAAAAUUACAGAGAGUCCACAACAUGACAAAAAGAAAUUUUGUGAAGUUCUCACCGAUGUAAUUAAUGAUGUUUGUGAGUUCAAAAACAAGAACUUUUAUUAUCCUGUAUGGAAGAUACAAGCGUAAUGUAGAAAAAUGUCCUGAACAUUCAUACUUGUAAUCAGUGUUGUUGUCACUCUUUUUGAGGAAUACAUUCAAGCAGAGUUUUGUGUUUAUCA